AGGAUCGCCAUGGCAACGUACAUUGCCGAACAACAACUCUGAAAGGGUUUCACCUCAGUAUAUCCAUGAGUUUGACCCAUCUCUAGCUGAUCUCUCGCACAAAUGGACCUAACUAUACAUUCAUGAUAUGGACGGUCUCCGAAAGGUUGCACAUCCCUCAGCCUAGUUAUGGUUCACUAAACGGUUAGCUAAAGGCUAGUCAAAGCAGCUAACGUUACCUGUUGAUUAUCUAGCUAAGGCUAUCACAUCCGGACACGUUCCCAUCACUAUGGCCACUUCAGUUGAAGAGGUAUCUUUAUCCAUUGUACGGGAAUAUCUAAGUCGAAAGGGACUCAGGAGGACGAUUGCCUGUAUGGAUGAGGAGCAUCCACGCACAGAGGCCAGUGUCAACAACAGAUCCCACUUGAGGCAGAUUCUCAACAUGGAGGGUCUCUAUAGAAAGAAUAAAGCUCUGAACUCCCCCCUGAAAACUUUACUGGAGAUUAUUGUGAAGCAUCGCAUUGAGGGCCUCAAGAAUGACAAGAUCACCUGCAGUAAAAGUGAUCCGCUGCCGUCUGCUCGAACUAUGAGCUGGAUUGCUAAUUCUUCUGCAGUAUCACCAACAGUGAUGAAUGACACACAGACAGAGGAUAGCACAACAGCUUAUGUUAUUAGCAAACAUGUCAAAUUGAGCUCUGAUAUAGAAGAAGUCUGCCCUUCUCAACCACCGAUGGCUUCCCUCCAGGACAAUGAUAGCUACAUCAGAAGAGAACCGGAAAAAAAGGCUCCCACCACUGAGAGCACCCAAAAGAGCAGAACUAAUCGAAUUAGACGUGGCAUGAUGGCUGGUCCAAUAGCAAGCACAUCUCAGGAAUCAAACAAAAAAAGGCAGAAUCAAAGGCUAGAAGUGUCCAAGCAGCAGCUCAUAAAAAAAGAAGAAAACAAGCAUGUUGGGGAUGCACUUUUAGUGGCUGGCGUACAUCAAAAAAGCUCUGAAAGCGGCCUAAGUGAAAUCACCUCAGCUGACUGCGUAGGAGUGCAACGGGAGUUGUGCAUUGCACAAGAGAGAGUGCAGAGGGAAAACAGCUUUGGAAAAGUGCAACAAGACAUACUGAAGACUACAACAGUUAAGUCUUUGCCCAAGCCAAAUGUGGCUGACUUGGAUGUGUCUGAGAUGGUUUUGGAUGACAUUGAUGAUGACGACGAUCUGCGAGAACUCUCCAAAGUGUCCUUUCCAAGAACUGUCGCAGAGCACAGCUGUGCAGGCCGCCCGAUGGACCAGCACACUGCCAUGGAAUUGAAAGCGGUUCUUCUUGGUUCCAGUCUAAAUUGUUUCAGUGUUGAAUGGAGGAAUCAGGGAUUCACAUUCUUAGAUACACAUGACCUGAGAUACGGAAUUGUGCAGAAAAAGGGUGGACCUUGUGGAGUUCUGGCAUCCAUCCAAGCCUUUGUCCUAAAGAAACUGCUUUUUGAAAACUUUGAAAGUAGUAAUACAGGCCUUCAGAUGUUAAGACCUUCUAACACUACCAGGAGAAAGUGUCUUGUUUUAGCAGCGGCCGAAAUACUGUGGAGGGCUGGCGAGGGAAAACAAGCCACAAUUGCAAUAAAUUCAAGACAAAAUCAGUUCACCCCAACUGGACACUACAAAUCUGAAGGAGUGCUUGAAAAGAUAACAUGUUUUACUGUGGAUAACAUCAAGGACCUGCAGUUGCUUCUGGAGCGGCAUAUUGAUCAGUUUGAGACCGGGGUGUUAGGAUGCAUACUGUUCACCAUAUCUGCUGUUCUCUCUCGAUCCAUUGACAAAGUAAGAGACGAUAUGGACGUGCCCACCACCACACUCAUCGGAGCCCAUGGCUACUGCACUCAGGAGCUGGUCAACCUGUUGCUCUGUGGCAGAGCAGUUUCUAAUGUCUUUGACAAUGACAUGGAGCUGGACUCAGGCAAUAGCAACAUGACUCUACUCAAGGGAGUCAAAGGCCACUGUGACGUUGGCCUGCUGUCCUUGUUUGAACACUAUGACAUCUGUAAGGUAGGGGCUUACUUGAAGACUCCAUGUUACCCCAUUUGGGUGGUCUGCAGUGAAAGCCACUUCAGCGUGUUGUUUGGCCUGCAGAGAGAGCUAUUGACCAAUCAGGACAAAAGCCUGGAGUUUGACCUCUACUAUUAUGAUGGACUGGCCAAUCAACAGGAAGAGAUCCGCCUCACUGUCUCGGUUGGCAAAUGGGCCCUGAACUGUCAACAUGUCGACACUGAUCUCAUUCCACCACUGGAGCACUGUAUCCGAACAAGGUGGAAAGGUGCGUUUGUCAAUUGGAAUGAUACAGAGCCUAUUCUCUGACUGAUCACAAGGUUUGAUGUUAUUUUAGUUAUGUAUUAACAUUCAUUCUGCAUCACCAAUACAAAUCCUUUCGCAUACAUUCUUUGAAGGUUUAUUUACCCAUAUAUUUUAGCAUUAGCAUUGUUUUCUCUUCAUAGUGAGACACAGUGUCCUGCCAUUUGUUUACAUAAAGGCCUGGAUCUUUUAUAUCACAUAAUGCCUCUGUAGCUGGAAGGGUUUGGGCCCAAAUUGGGAUCAAAACGGCCACAAAUUG